CCCAAGUUUUAAAAGAAUUUCUGAUUUCUGUGAUAUUAUCACUUUUUUUUUUUUUUUUUUUCUUUCGUCGAGAACGAUACUGGGAAUUUGAAGAACCCGGAGGCAUAUCUUACUUCGAACAAAUUUCGUGUGCAGUGGGAUCAAUGUUACUUUGCCUUGCUCAAUUUUGGACUUUGGUUACAAUAUUUCUACAUUGCCUAGGGAGGAGGAUCGGUUUGCAUAUCAUAAUCUUCCAGCUUCCAUCUCUGUGCAGAUAAGCAACAUAUGCUGAAGAUGGGAAGCUAUGCUGGCAUUACCAGACCCAGUUUUUUGCUUGUACAUUCAGAUUUACCCAUUCUUAUAUAUGGUAAACCAAAGUUAAAAUCUGUGCUACCUCUUGGCAUUCCUAGGGACAACACAAGGAGGAUGAGCUUGAUUACGAAAAUUCGGUGUUCAAUUGCUGAGAGAACAUUCAAAUCAAGUUCUACAGAUUCAUCUACGCCCAAAAUGAAAAAUGUUCGUUUGGGUCGGAAGCAAAGAGGUUCCUCAUCCCUAUAUACUAGUCCUAGUUUGCUAGAUAUGAAAAAUAACAAGAUAGCAAAUCGCGCCAAGGUUUAUGAAUUCUUACAGAGUAUUGGUAUUGUCCCUGAUGAGCUUGAUGGGUUAGAACUUCCUGUCACGGUUGAGGUCAUGAGGGAACGUGUGGAUUUCCUCCAUCAAUUAGGUCUUACUAUCGAAGACAUUAACAACUAUCCUCUUGUUCUUGGCUGCAGUGUGAAAAAGAACAUGAUUCCUGUCCUUGACUAUCUUGGCAAAUUGGGUGUUAGGAAAUCCUCUUUCACAGAGUUCUUGAGAAGAUACCCACAAGUGCUUCAUGCUAGUGUCGUUGUAGACCUUGCUCCAGUGGUCAAGUAUCUUCAAGGGAUGGAUAUUAAACCAAAUGAUAUUCCUCGGGUGCUUGAGAAAUACCCAGAAGUUAUGGGGUUCAAGCUUGAAGGAACCAUGAGCACAUCAGUGGCUUAUUUGGUUGGAAUUGGAGUGGCAAGGAGAGAAAUUGGAGGUAUUUUAACUAGAUACCCUGAGAUUUUGGGUAUGCGAGUUGGCCGAGUAAUCAAGCCUUUUGUUGAGUAUCUUGAAAGUUUGGGUAUUCCUAGACUAGCUGUAGCUAGACUGAUAGAAAAACGGCCAUACAUCCUUGGGUUUGAAUUACAGGAGAGGGUUAUACCAAAUGUCGAAACCCUUCUGAAGUUUAAUGUAAGUAAAGCCACACUUCCGUCUGUGGUAGCACAAUAUCCUGAGAUUAUAGGUCUUGACCUGGAGCCGAAGCUUCUUCGGCAACAGAGUUUGCUUCAUUCAGUUAUUGAGUUGGGUCCUGAGGAGUUUGCUAGAGUUGUGGAGAAGAUGCCACAAGUCAUUAGCCUUAGUAGAAUACCUAUUGUGAAACAUGUGGACUUCCUGAAGGAAUGUGGUUUCUCCAUGCAACAAGUGAGGGAGAUGGUUGUGAGAUGUCCCCAUGUGCUUGCUUUGAAUAUUGACAUUAUGAAACUUUGCUUUGAUUACUUCAAAAUGGAGAUGAAAAGGCCUUUGGAUGAUUUGGUUAUUUUUCCAGCAUUCUUCACAUAUGGUCUCGAGUCUACUAUAAAGCCAAGACAUAAAAUAGUUGCCAAGAAGGAGUUGAAAUGUUCACUAUCAUGGCUUCUUAACUGUUCAGAUGACAAGUUUGAGCAAAGAAUGGACUAUGAGACCAUUGACAUGGAGGAGAUGGAAAUGCCAUCAUUUGACAUGAAUAAUUUCAUGGAACCUAGGAGUGAUGAGACUGAUUCCGAAUAUGAGGAUGACAGUGAAGAUGAGGACAUCUAGUCAAUGGGUCAAGUUUAAACAGUGGUCUGCUCUGGAGAAUCUUGGAUUUGUGAAAUUGGAUCUUCAUAUAUAGUAGGUGUAAUUUUAGAGCUGGACCUUGGUGGAAUCACAUUAUUUCUGUAUUUCUUCAAAUGGUGCACGGAGAAAAGACCAGUGAAGAUUGAGAAUACACCCUCUGCUUUAGGUGGGCACUAGAUAUUCAGGUUUUGUAAGUAAAUAUGAAGGAAUCUGAUAGGUACAAAUAGACGCCAUAAUAUGAGCCAACCUUUAUUUUUCUA